AAAGACCAGUCUUAGAUAACUCACCCGUUGCCACGAAUUCCAUUGUUUUGCCUAUAAAACAUAAACAUAAUUUCAAAAUCAGAUUGUCAUGUUUGUGAAAAUCACCCUGAACCAGCCAGAUUAUCAUUUGGUCAUCGUGUUUGCAAAUAUGAUUUACUUUGGAAACUCUAAAAAAAUUGAGCAGAAUAUAUGUGAAAAAAAUCCUUCCUUGCUUUCCUCAAGUGAACACAUUCAACUUCACUGUUGAUGCCAUUGUCCUUCAAUCUACACCUCUUGCCCUCCGCGUCACCUUCAACCCAAGUCGGAAAUGGAACUGAUAAAACAUCAUACAUCCUUGUACAAGAUUGUAGGGCCGGUAAGCUGUCAAACAAAUCAUAAUGGGGUCUAGCACAAGAAAUCGGAAACAAUCUUGGCGCUUUUACAGUAAAUAAAUUUUCAAGAAGUCAAUAAAAUUUUCAAUGAACAAAUGUCGACGAUCUGACUGACUCUCUAACGUCAUGGCUUACCUAGGCUGCAUUACUUUUCUUUUGAUAUUAUUCAAAUGUUAUCCUAUAGGAACUGUAAAUAUUUCACGAAACUCUUAUAAGAAACUGUUUAAAUUUUAAGCUAAUUUGAAUGCCAAACAACCCCUCUCUCUCUGCUCUCUCUCUCUCUCUCUCCCUCCAUGGGAAGCAGGUUCUUGGCCUUGUCUAGGUGGGUUUUGAUAGUAGCCCUUCUUGUUGGGUUAUCCGGAGAAACAUGUAACGCGGAAGACGACGGUACUAACUGUACCUCUUCCUGCGGCAAUAUCCACAACAUAAGCUAUCCUUUCCGACUAAAACAUUAUCCAAAGCACUGCGGCAACGUAAUGUAUACUCUGUCCUGUGAGAACAACAUUACACUUGUUGUAGACCUACCUCCUUCAGGAAAAUACUAUGUCCAGGCAAUCAACUCCCACAACCAAACAAUCCGACUAGUAGAUCCUGGCCUCCAGAUAAAAUGCCUCAAAAUUUUCCACCUUUUUUAAGAGAUCCAUAUAGUGUUAAUAAUAUGUCAGGUUAUCUACUUUCGACACCUGUAUUUUACAUCAAGUGUUCGAAUCCAGUGAAUUCUUCUCUGUAUGUGGACACUGCUCCAUGCUUGAAUAUAAAUGCUUCUUCUUUGGUCCAACAAAAGACGUACAGUUAUGUGAAGGUUGUGGUUAUGGAAGUGGGGGAUUUGUAUGAGGGUUGCAGUGCAGAGUGGGUGGCUUUGGCGCUCUUCGUACUACUCGGACUACAAUACCUCUUAUGAAUCCAUACACAGUGCCCUCAUGUAUGGCUUUGACCUUGGAGUAUAUUGGCCUGAUGAAAUAUGCCAAGGCCAAUGGAGUACAAAUUAUAAAUGUUAUCCACACACCAUCCCAGUCUAUUUAAAAAGAGUGAAGAAUUCCAACCAACCACACCAUCUUCUUCAUUAUCAUCUUUUUGCUUCAAAAUUGUGAGCUUCUACGCCGGCCUGGGACCUCUCGAACCGCCUAACAGAGAGUAGCUAUACAUUGUUUCUAGAAUUAAUUAAGAGAAAAUGGUGAACACACUGCCAAGGUAUAUGGUGUUGAAAUCAAAGUACAAUGCCAAAUACUUGAGCUACGUAAAGGAAGAUGUGCAGAUUCAUGGGUUUCUCAAGUUCUCCGGUGAAGAGGUCGUGAGUCUGUAUUCAAAGUUCCAUGUGGAGAUGGCAAAGGGCGGGACGGGACUGGUGCACAUAAGAUGCUGCUACAACAAUAAAUACUGGGUCAGGUGCUCGGACAACUACUAUUGGAUUGUUGCUGGAGCGAAUGAACCCGAGGAAGACCAAUCCAAAUGGUUUUGCACCUUGUUCGAGCCCGUCUACAUAGACAAUAACGAUCCUGCUCAAGGGGUCAGAUUUCGACACGUCCAGCUCGGGCACUAUGCAUGCUUAGGGAGAGAGGCCCCGCCAAAAUACUCGUGCUUGUUUGCAGGAUCUGCGGCGCCUAACAGGGAGCUGCGCGACGCCUGCUUAAUCGUUGAUUGGGAAACGCUGUUGGUAUUGCCCAAGCAUGUCUCCUUCAAGGGCGACAAUGGGAAAUACCUGAGCGCCCGCAAGUUUAAGCGCCACCCUUUCUUGCAAUUCUCAUCCACUGACGUUGGAGAAUCAAGUGUGGGGAACGAGGUGUUCUCUAACGGGGAUGGGAGUGUUCGGAUCAAAUCCAAUCUCUUUGGAAAGUUCUGGAGGCGCAGCCCUAAUUGGAUCUGGGCCGACUCCGAUCUUGACGGUAACGAAAGCAACAAGGACAUGUUGUUUUGGCCUAUUAAGCUUGGCAAUGACAACAAGGUUGCUCUCCGCAACUUGGGCAAUGAUAAUUUCUGCUUUAGACUGACCAAGGACGGGUUUGUGUCCUGUCUCAAUGCUGGCGGCCCUAAUAUCGUCGGAGAGGCGUACAUGGAGGUGGGAGAGCUUGUUGUGUCUAGGAGCAUUUACAACGUUAACUUUCGCCUCCUUGACUCCCGGAUCUAUAGCCAAAGUGUUGUCUCCAUGGCCACCGGAGAUGCCGUUAACCGAACUCAAGAAGAAAACAAAAUAAACUUGACGCUCUCGUACAAAGAAAGCAAGAGCCGUACUUGGAAUUCUAGCGUUUCAAUGAAGUUGGGAAUCGAGACCAAAGUUCAAACUGGAGUUCCUUUGAUUGCAGAAGGACAGAUUGAAAUAUCGGCUGAAUUCGCUACAGAAUUCCAGUGGGGGAAAACCAACACCUCCGAAAGUGAAUUAGGGACUGUGCACGAGGUUGUUGUGCCCCCAAUGUCUAGGGUGAAAGUGAGUCUCAUGGCGACUAGGGGCUCAUGCGAUGUUCCAUUCUCCUACACUCAGCGGGAUACGCUUAUUGACGGCACAACUGUUACCCAGGACAUGGACGAUGGCGUUUACACUGGCGUCAAUUCCUACAACUUCAAGUUUGAGACCAAACAAGAAAGCCUGUGUGAUUGAUGUUCUCCACAUGAAUAUCAAGUACACGACCCUCCAGUAAAUAAAGAAAUAAAGAGGUGUCGAUGAAAUAAUGACUAGUGUGCUUUAUUUUUGUUUGAGCAAAGUGUGUUACUCUUUUUCCUUCACCAGAUUUUUCCUUCUUGAAUUUUUUGAAGGUAAGGUUUUAAUGAGGCCACAUUUAUGCAGUGUGUUGAGUUCCAAUAUUUCUUUAAUGUUGUAUUUCGGUUCCUUAUUGAAUGUAAGCUUCUUUCUGAUUUUAAAAAUAAAAAAAUGAAUGACAUUUGAAAAGGUAUCA